GCCUGUAACGUAAGAGGAAGUGUUGGUUCCUUCAUCCAUUAGAGAAAAAGUAAACAGGGUGGUCGUGCGGUGGUAGUCAGCAAUAAACAGUACAAGUAUGGAGAGUCCGGAGUUGAGUUUUACUUUGGCCUACAUCGUAUUCUGUCUGUGCUUCGUGUUCACACCCAACGAGUUCCGCUCGGCCGGUUUGACCAUCCAGAACCUGUUCUCGUCCUGGCUGGGGAGCGAGGAUGUGGCAUUUGUCCAGUUCCACGUCCGGAGGACCAGUGUCACCGUGCUGGUCCAUUCCGCCCUACCGUUAGGUUACUACAUUGGGAUGUGUGUUGCUGCUCCGGAGAAAAACUUGGGAUACUUUCACCAGGUUAAUGACAGCUGGAGAGCAUUUCUACUCCUCUCUAUCUGCCUCCAGUUGACCAGCUGGACAAUCGUCAUCUACUGGUCCCAACAUCACUGGCACAAUCAUCCAAUCAGCCGUGGCCUGCAAGCCCACGAACGGCCACCUUACUCCGACUGGUCUGUUGCAGCCAGCAUAAACACCGAGUUCAGACGGAUAGAUAAGUUUGCCACAGGGGCACCAGGAGCCAGAGUCAUUGUAACUGACACCUGGGUGUUAAAGGUUACCACCUACCACGUGUACAUGGCCUUACAGAAUGAAUGUCAUGUGACAGUGACUGAGUCCAGGCAGCACCAGCUGAGUCCAGACUCAUCCUCCCCUGCACAGAUCUUGACUUUAAGAGUGGACAGCAUCAACCCUGCCAUCAGACACUUUGAUAUCAGGCUUAACUCUACAGAGUAUGCAGAGCUCCGAGAAAAACUCCAUGCUCCCAUCAGAAACUCUGCCAAUGUAGUGAUCCACCAAACCAUCAGUGAACUCUUCCUGGAAACAUUCAGAGCACAGGUGGACCUUAAUGAGCCAUACACACUUCCCAUUGGACAGGAGAUAGAGCCCUGUAUCGGCUGUAUGCAGGUUCCAGCAAACACCAAGUUGGUCAGACUCUGCCACACAGAAGGACCCUUUAACGAGUCAGACUGCCAGCCGUGCAUGUGCAGACCCAUGUGGUGUCUGUCCUGUCUGGGUCGAUGGUUCGCCAGCCGCCAAGAUCAGCAAAGACCUGAGACCUGGUUGUCCAGCAAGGUCCCCUGCCCUACCUGUAGAGCCAAAUUCUGUAUUCUGGAUGUCUCUGUGCUUCACUGAGAAGACGAAUACAGAUCUAAUAUUAUGUUUUCUUUUGAAAAUAAGAGGAUUUAAAUUACACCUUUGCUGGUCUACGUAAAAGUUUUGUUUUGCAAAUGUGUGUGUGGCUUCAUAUAUCACAAUAAACCUGGACACUUUG